CCAGAUUGUCGGAGGGUAUUUCAGUAAAAGAAAAGUUCGGGGGCGAUGAGCCUUAUACGACGCAGUUUAACCGAAUUCUUGAAAGGGGAAAAAAUAGAAGCCCUAACUUUGAUUUGAUAAGAAAUUCAAUUACAAUUUAGAGCUCAAUCGCGAAACUGUUUGUUAUCUAUGAAAAGAGGACUUCCUUGGAAUGAUGAUGAUUCGUCGUCGGAUGAAUCUUCAGCAGACGAUACAGAUACGGAAACAGUAGAGAAUGAUGGUAGUACUAAGAAUGCGAAAAGUGGGGGAACUUCUAAAAAGAAUAAACCCGAAGUAAAAAGCAAGGGCAAAGGUAUAGAUUUUGAUGCUCUGAGUCGCCAUGGCUAUAAAGGUGGACUAUCAGUGCUGAAAGUGCCUCCACCCAAAGACUCGAUAGAGUAUAAUUUGUCUUGGUCUACAGGCAAGGAAAGACGCAUUACUGCAGAUGAAAGUGAAGAAACCUUUGAAGAACGGGAGAAAACUAGAGCUGCAUUACGUGAAGGAGAGCAGCUGAAAACUGCACAAACACAGAGAGAGAAAAAUCAAUCGUUCUCACAGAAAGAGAAGAGGAAGAGAGAUCUUGGUCAGGCUAGCAGAGGGAAGAACUAUGUUGAGGAAGAAAAGAGGUUGUUGAGGGAUAAUGGCGUGUACUCUGGUUUUGAUUCUUGAUGCUUUUAUAAUCUACAGUGUUGCUAGUCAUAUCUUGUAGGUAAUAUAAUGCAACUCCAUAUGAGUGUUUUGUAAACAUAAUCAAGUAACUGUUAUGUACUUGUUUCGAGUUUGCAGUCUAUUAUCAAGGGACUCUAACCAUCA